AUUUGACGGAUGCAAACGUAAACAAACUUUCAUCAAAUUUCGUCAGAAAUUCACAUUUUCUUACCUGAAAUCCACAAAAUCUCCUUAAUUUCGUCAAAAUGAGGGAUUCUGCAGGCAAAUUUGAGGCCCAAAAAAGUUUCCUAAAAAUGCUGGAUCAAGACCAAAAUUUGUCUGUCGGCAUCGCGGCGAUCAAAACGCUCCUCCUGAUGUUGGAAAACAACAAAUUCGACACAAUCCAAGAGCUUCAUUCGGAAAUUCAGUCCACAGUGACGUCUCUGAAAGCCACAGACAAGCCAAUCACGGCGAUUGUGUCGGGCAGCGAGCUGUUUUCGCGUUUCAUCACGCUCGGCAAGUUCGACGACAAAACCAUGGACGAGUGUCAGGCGAUUAUGGUGCAACGAGGCAAGGUUUUUCUCGCCCGUCUGUUGGAAUGUCGCAAAGCAAUCGCCCAACAAGGAUCGCAAUUCAUCACGGAUGGAUGUCGGGUAUUGACUCAUUCGCGAUCACGAGUUGUGCUUGAAACGCUCAUCAUGGCAGCGCAAGCGAACAAGAGAUUUCACGUUUAUGUGACGAAAAGUGUGCCGGACAACGGCGGAGAGCAAACUUUUCAGGAAUUGACGAAAGCGGGGAUUAAUUGCACGCUGAUUUUGGAUUCGGCGAUCGGUUAUAUCAUGGAGUCAGUCGAUAUGGUGCUCGUUGGGGCGGAAGGAGUUGUCGAAAGCGGCGGAAUUAUCAAUCGAAUUGGGACUUAUACGAUGGCGUUGUGUGCGCGGGAGAUGAAAAAGCCCUUUUAUGUGCUGACGGAGAGUUUUAAGUUUACGAGAUUGUAUCCGUUGAAUCAGAGGGACAUCCCCAAUGACUAUAAAUUCUGCAAAUCAGACGACAUCGCACGAGCCCAUCCCUUAGUCGAUUACACGCCUCCCGCUUAUAUCACGCUAAUUUUUACGGAUUUAGGAAUUCUCACGCCAUCCGCUGUCAGUGACGAGCUCAUCAAAUUAUAUUUGUAAAAAACAAAGUAAAAAAAAAAACUUGUUAAUAAACUUUUUA